ACACACACACACACACUUCCACUUGUGCUUUCAGAAUAUCGAAACAGAAGAUAAUUCCCUGGGGAAAGAAAUCCUGCCUGGCGAGAUCUCCUUAUUGGUUGUUUACUCGGAGAAAUCUACAUGUUUAAGGGGGAUGGUGCAUCCAUAAUCAGUCUGUUCCUAUAGGACUUGGGUCUUGGCGACCUUUUUGUGACCUCUCCCGCCAAAGGAGGCUGCUGUCACUUUAAAAAUAUACUGAAAGAGGAGCCCGUCUGGCUUCCGAUCACUCUGUGCGGCAGAAGAUAGCUCCCUUUCUCCCUCGCCCCGGGUUCUUUCUGGAUGGCCGAGCAGAUCCUCUUUAAAGAGACAGUUCAUGAAAUAGAAACCCGGCAGCUGAGCUUGGAGUUGCGAAAGGGGACGAUCCCGUGAGGGUCUAGGACCGGGGAAGGCGCUGCGGAGGAUCUGAAAGGGAGUUAGAGCUCCUCUCGCCUCCCCAGGUCCCCCACCUUUACAAACCCUCCUCCUCCUGCCUGUUUUCCACUCCUUGGAACUGGGAGAGAGAAGUGGAAGAAGUUUUAGUGGGUUUCAGAUAACUUUCAUGACACAUCGGGCUGAUAAGAGCAAGAGAAAGUGAGAAAAGAGGGAGGUGAUGUGAACCACAAGGAAUAGCUUCGAGCUCAUUUAGGAGGGGGAAAAAAAGCCAAAACACACCAAACUCGGGUCACCCAGACGAGAGGAGAUUUCAUUUCUGGUCUUAAAAAUACACUGUUGGCGGACAAUAAAUCUGAAACGCGUGGUCCCGGCGAGCAGAUCCUAGAGACGGACAAAGUUAUCAGAGACCCAUUUGGAAAUCGAGACGCGAGGCUUUUUUACAUCUCGAAAUGUUGCUCGGGAUGGUUUGAAAGGAUUUACGAUCAGGAGAGCUGGGGUCUGCUGAUUCUUUAUUUUGUUUGUUUAAGUUCUUCUGUGAUUGCCCUUUAUUGCUGAGUUGAGGCCAUAGAAAUAUUAAGAUCUUAGAUGAGUUUUGCAAUGUGAAGUUCUACAUAGAUGCCAGUCAACCAGAUGUAGGAAGCUGGCUCAAGUACAUCAGGUUCGCUGGCUGUUAUGAUCAGCACAACCUCGUUGCAUGCCAGAUAAAUGAUCAGAUAUUCUAUAGAGUAGUCACAGACAUUGCGCCAGGAGAGGAGCUCCUACUGUUCAUGAAGAGUGAAGACUAUCCCCAUGAAACUAUGGCCCCGGAUAUCCACGAAGAACGACAAUAUCGCUGUGAGGACUGUGACCAGCUCUUUGAAUCUAAAGCUGAACUAGCGGACCACCAGAAGUUCCCAUGCAGUACUCCUCACUCAGCAUUUUCAAUGGUGGAAGAGGAAUUUCGACAACAACUCGAAAGCGAGAGUGAUCUCCGGGAGAUACAUGCAAUCCAGGAGUGUAAGGAAUGUGACCAAGUUUUCCCCGAUUUGCAAAGCCUGGAGAAACACAUGUUGUCACAUACCGAAGAGAGGGAAUACAAGUGUGAUCAGUGUCCCAAGGCAUUUAACUGGAAGUCCAAUUUAAUUCGCCACCAGAUGUCACAUGACAGUGGAAAGCACUAUGAAUGUGAAAACUGUGCCAAGGUUUUCACGGACCCUAGCAACCUUCAGCGGCACAUCCGCUCUCAGCAUGUCGGUGCCCGGGCCCACGCUUGCCCGGAGUGUGGCAAAACGUUUGCCACUUCAUCGGGCCUCAAACAACACAAGCACAUCCACAGCAGUGUGAAGCCCUUUAUCUGUGAGGUCUGCCAUAAAUCCUAUACUCAGUUUUCAAACCUUUGUCGUCAUAAGCGCAUGCAUGCUGAUUGCAGAACCCAAAUCAAGUGCAAAGACUGUGGACAAAUGUUCAGCACUACGUCUUCCUUAAAUAAACACAGGAGGUUUUGUGAGGGCAAGAACCAUUUUGCGGCAGGUGGAUUUUUUGGCCAAGGCAUUUCACUUCCUGGAACCCCAGCUAUGGAUAAAACGUCCAUGGUUAAUAUGAGUCAUGCCAACCCGGGCCUGGCUGACUAUUUUGGUGCCAAUAGGCAUCCUGCUGGUCUUACCUUUCCAACAGCUCCUGGAUUUUCUUUUAGCUUCCCUGGUCUGUUUCCUUCCGGCUUGUACCACAGGCCUCCUUUGAUACCUGCUAGUUCUCCUGUUAAAGGACUAUCAAGUACUGAACAGACAAACAAAAGUCAAAGUCCCCUCAUGACACAUCCUCAGAUACUGCCAGCUACACAGGAUAUUUUGAAGGCACUAUCUAAACACCCACCUGUAGGGGACAAUAAGCCAGUGGAGCUCCAGCCCGAGAGGUCCUCUGAAGAGAGGCCCCUUGAGAAAAUCAGUGACCAGUCAGAGAGUAGUGACCUUGAUGAUGUCAGUACGCCAAGUGGCAGUGACCUGGAAACAACCUCGGGCUCUGAUCUGGAAAGUGACAUUGAAAGUGAUAAAGAGAAAUUUAAAGAAAAUGGUAAAAUGUUCAAAGACAAAGUAAGCCCUCUUCAGAAUCUGGCUUCAAUAAAUAAUAAGAAAGAAUACAGCAAUCAUUCCAUUUUUUCACCAUCUUUAGAGGAGCAAACUGCGGUGUCAGGAGCUGUGAAUGAUUCUAUAAAGGCUAUUGCUUCUAUUGCUGAAAAAUACUUUGGUUCAACAGGACUGGUGGGGCUGCAAGACAAAAAAGUUGGAGCUUUACCUUACCCUUCCAUGUUUCCCCUCCCAUUUUUUCCAGCAUUCUCUCAAUCAAUGUACCCAUUUCCUGAUAGAGAGUUGCGAUCGUUACCUUUGAAAAUGGAACCCCAAUCACCAAGUGAAGUAAAGAAACUGCAGAAGGGAAGGUCUGAGUCUCCCUUUGAUCUCACCACUAAGAGAAAGGAUGAGAAGCUCUUGACUCCAGUGCCCUCCAAGCCUCCAGCAACGCCUGCCACAAGCCAAGACCAGCCCCUGGAUCUAAGUAUGGGCAGUAGGAGUAGAGCCAGUGGGACAAAGCUGACUGAGCCUCGAAAAAACCAUGUGUUUGGAGAAAAAAAAGGAAGCAACGUAGAACCAAGACCAGCAUCAGAUGGCUCCUUGCAGCAUGCUAGACCCACUCCUUUCUUUAUGGACCCUAUUUACAGAGUAGAGAAAAGAAAGCUAACUGACCCACUUGAAGCUUUAAAAGAGAAAUACUUGAGACCUUCUCCAGGAUUCUUGUUUCACCCACAAAUGUCGGCUAUUGAAAACAUGGCGGAGAAGCUAGAGAGCUUUAGUGCCCUGAAACCUGAAGCAAGUGAGCUUCUACAGUCAGUCCCCUCCAUGUUCAACUUCAGAGCGCCUCCCAACGCCCUGCCAGAGAACCUCCUGCGCAAGGGAAAAGAACGCUAUACUUGCAGAUACUGUGGCAAGAUUUUUCCGAGAUCUGCAAACCUAACACGGCACUUGAGAACCCACACAGGAGAGCAGCCUUACAGAUGCAAAUACUGUGACAGAUCGUUUAGCAUAUCUUCUAACUUGCAGCGGCAUGUUCGGAACAUCCACAAUAAGGAGAAGCCAUUUAAGUGUCACUUAUGUGAUAGGUGUUUUGGGCAACAAACCAACCUAGACAGACACUUAAAGAAGCACGAGAAUGGAAACAUGUCUGGUACGGCAACAUCAUCCCCUCAUUCUGAACUGGAAAGUACAGGCGCGAUUCUCGAUGACAAAGAAGAUGCUUACUUUACAGAAAUUCGGAAUUUCAUCGGAAAUAGCAACCAGUCACCCAGGAACACAGAAGAAAGGAUGAAUGGCAGUCAUUGUAAGGAUGAAAAGGCUUUGGUGACCAGUCAAAAUUCAGAUUUAUUGGAUGACGAAGAAGUAGAAGACGAGGUGUUGUUAGAUGAGGAGGAUGAAGACAAUGAUAUUACUGGGAAAACAGGAAAGGAAUCAUUGACAAGUAAUUUACAUGAAGGAAACGCUGAGGAUGACUAUGAGGAAACCAGUGCCCUGGAGAUGAGUUGCAAGACCUCCCCAGUGAGAUAUAAAGAGGAAGAAUAUAAAACUGGACUUUCUGCUCUAGAUCAUAUAAGGCAUUUCACAGAUAGCCUCAAAAUGAGGAAAAUGGAAGAUAAUCAAUAUACUGAAGCUGAGCUGUCUUCUUUUAGUACGUCCCAUGUGCCGGAGGAACUUAAACAGCCGUUACACAGAAAGUCCAAAUCACAGGCAUAUGCUAUGAUGUUGUCAUUGUCCGAAAAGGAGUCCCUCCAUUCUACAUCCCACAGUUCUUCCAACGUGUGGCACAGUAUGGCAAGGGCUGCAGCGGAAUCCAGUGCCAUCCAGUCCAUAAGCCACGUAUGACGUUUCCAAGGUUGACCAGAGUGGGACCAAGUCCAACAGUAGCAUGGCUCUUUUACAUAGGACUAUUUAAAAGACUGCUGAGCAGAAUGCCUUAUAAACCUGAAGGGUCACUCAUUUAAAGUCUGGUGACCUUAAACUGAAUGAUUAAAAAGAAAGAAAGAAAAAAGACUAUUUAUUCUCGAUAUUUUGUUUUGCACAGCAAAGGCAGCUGCUGACUUCUGGAGGAUCAAUGUGACUCAAAGUGAUUCAAAGAAAGUGAAAAACUUGCUGGGCAGAAGGCAUCUUCCAGUUCACCCUGCCCGACCGAGGAUGUGUGUGAGAGAGAGGGGCAGUCGAGAUGUCAGCAUUGAUACGGAUGAACACUCCAUAGAAACUGAAUCCUUUUUUGUACAAGAUCACCUGACACAUGAUUGGGAACAGUUGCUUUUAAUUACAGAUUUAAUUUUUUUCUUUGUUAAAGUUUUAAGUAAUUUAACCCUUUAAAGAUGGAAGUAGUUGAAUGAAAUGCACACUCGAUAAUUCUAGAAGCUGAUAACAGGGAGUUCUUGUUCCCCCUUAACCUUUGCCUUCUCAAGUACAUUGUUAAAAAAUAGGGGAAAAGGGUAUGUGUAUAUUGUAAACUAUGGCUGUUCAAUGCUCAAAGAGGUUAAGUCAGUAAAGUAUCCUGUUCAUCACCAGUACCACUGUACCGCUAAUAAAAUGUUUGCCAAAUCCUUGUAAUAACAUCUUAAUUUUAGACAAUCAUGUCACUGUUUUUUAAUGUUUAAUUUUUUGUGUUGUGUGUAUCAUGUAUUUAUUUGUUGGCAAACUAUUGUUUGUUGAUUAAAAUAGCACUGUUCCGGUCAGCCACUACUUUAUGAUGUCUGAGGCACACCCCUUUCUGAAUUUCAAGGACCAAGGUGACUUGACCUGUGUAUGGGAGUGCCAAAUCGUGUUUGGCUUUUCUUAACAUUCCUUUUCUUUUUGUUGUUUUGUUUCCCUUCUUAAUGAACUAAAUAACGAAUAGAUGCAACUUAGUUUUUAUAAUACUGAAAUUGAUUCAGUUGUAUAAAUGAUUAUAAUUUCCUCAUGAAAGCAUGAUUCUUCUGAUUAAAAAGUGUACCCCAUAUUUUAUGCUGGUUGUGUGCAAGCUUGUGCGAUGUUAUGUUCAUGUUAAUCCUAUUUGUAAGAUGAAGUGUUCCAGACCUUAUGUUAAAAGAGAAAAGUAAAUAACAGACUGUAUUCAGUUAUUUUGCCCUUUAUUGAGGAACCAGAUUUGUUUUCUUUUUGUUUGUAAUCUCAUUUUGAAAUAAUCGGCAAAUUGAGGUACUUUCUUCAAAUGCUUUGUACAAUAUAAACUGUUAUGCCUUUCAGUGCAUUACUAUGGGAGGAGCAACUAAAAAAUAAAGACUUACAAAAA